AUGACUGCUGAAUACAUUCCGGAUUUCUCAAAACUGAUACCGUGUCACUCUAGUGGGCGACAAAGGAUCAUGGCAGGAAGAGUGGUUUUGCCAACUGAGUCACCACUGAGCGGCGUUAUAGCAGCUUUACCUGAAACUUCCAGCGAUUACGAAUUACUUGCGGAAGAAGGGUUAGCAAAUGAACAUUUAAGCGAGCGACAGCAACUGCUACUGAAAAGAAGCAUAAUGCGGCAAAUACAACGCGAGGUUCGUGAAUCGCGACCAGAUUUUAAUAUAGUUACUGACACUCCACCUGACAUUGAUUUAUUUCUCUCAUUACCAGAUCCAGAUGAUAUUGGCUGCAGUAACAGCAGUACCAUAUGUGAUCCAAGACUGUCCCAAGUCGGUUACGGUGGCUUAUCAGAUGACUGUACAAAGAACAAACCAAAUUUCUCAGAAGUUUCUACUGAAACUGCUUCAGAAGCGCAAAAAAAAUCAGACAAUAAUAAGAAUAAAUUAAUUAAAGAUGUAUUUCCGAAAAGUAUGAACUCUGCUAAGCCGGGUGUUUCUCGUGUAACUGCAGGCUCAAAAACUGCAACUCACCCUCGUUCUUCUCCUUCUCCUGUGAGAAGGUGCAGGCGUUCGCAACGAAAUCGCAUACACCGCCUUCGUUGGUGGUUAGGGGAGCGGCCAAUUUAUCGGAAGGAUGCUGAAGGGAAUUUUGAAUUGGUUGGUGUAACGGAAGCAAAAUUUACUGACCCGUUUUUGGAAAACUACGUAGUCACUACUACUAUGAAAGAAGUGGCAGAAACCACUCGACAAAGGCGUAAGAUUUUGUAA